AUGUGGGGGGCCCGCCUGGGGCUCCUGGUCUGCCUCCUGUGCUGUGCAGCCAGAGCCUAUCCCAAUGCUUCUCCGCUGCUGGGCUCCAGCACCGGAGACCUGACCCACCUGUACACCGCCACAGAGAGGAACAGCUACCACCUGCAGAUCCACCAAGAUGGCCGUGUGGAUGGCACACCCCAGCAGACCAUCUACAGUGCCCUGAUGAUCCGAUCGGAGGAUCCCGGCUUUGUGGUGAUCACGGGCGUGAUGAGCAGAAGGUACCUCUGCAUGGACUUCAGGGGCCACAUUUUCGGAUCUCAUCUCUUCAGCCCGGAGAGCUGCAGGUUCCGCCAGCGCAGGCUGGAAAACGGCUAUGACGUCUACCACUCCCCGCAGCUCCACUUCCUGGUCAGCCUGGGCCGGCCCAAAAGGGCCUAUCUGCCCGGCACCAACCCUCCACCCUACUCCCAGUUCCUGUCUCGGAAGAACGAGAUCCCCCUUCUGCACUUCAAUACGCCCAGGCCUCGGCGCCACACCCGCAGCGCUGAGGACAACUCAGACCUGGACCCGCUGAAUGUGCUCAAGCCCCGGCCCCGGAUGACCCCCGCGCCGGCCUCCUGCUCCCAGGAGCUCCCGAGCGCCGAGGAUAACAGCCUGGUGGCCAGUGACCCCUUAGGGGUAGUCAGAGGCAACAGGGUCAACACGCAUGUGGGCGGGAUGGGCGCGGAGCGCUGCCGUCCCUUCCCAAGUUUGAGUAGGCAGACCAGGAAGGGGCCCUUUUUAACUAAUCUUUCCCCAGACUAA